UGUCGCGCGCUUCAGCGGUCCGCUACAUCACAUUACCUCAGAGUUUAUCUCGCGCGUUUCUCUUCAUCAUGUCGCGAUGCGCUCUUGACACCGGCUCUGUCCCGUCCCCGUGAUGCUCGUGAUGAUGAUGACGGUGACGGACGAAAGAUGGAGAAACUAUCCGCGAGCAUUAACGGACUCUCGUGGAGCUCCGUGUCGCUGCCGCUGGACGUGGUCGUGAGCAAAUUCCGUUUACCGACGCUCGUGCGGCUGAGCCACGGUGAGAAUGUGGAGGGUCUGUCAGAGGAAGAUGUCAUUCUCCUUCACUCAUGCAGACAGUGGACCACCGUCACAGCCCACAGUUUGGAAGAGGGCCAUUACGUGAUCGGACCCAAAAUAGACAUCCCACUACAAUAUCAAGGGAAGUUCAAGUUAUUGGAUCAGGAUCGGGGUGUACGUGAGCCGGUUCAGUAUUUUGGGAGUGUGGAGGAGAUCGCUGGAAUGUUUCCUGAUCGUGUGUUUGUCAUGGAGCCCAUCACAUUCAGUGUUAAGGUGGUGUCUGGGGAGUUCACAGAGGACAGCGAGUUAUAUAAUUUCUCUCUACAGGCAGGUGAUGAACUAACUCUUAUGGGUCAAGCAGAACUGCUCUGCGUCCAAUCGACCCGAGAGAAAUCCCGCCUAACCGCGCUGCUACGCCGGCUGGGCAAGGCAGGUGGAGGUUUGGGACGUCCUGCUCGCACGAAGAUGCCAUGUUUGAUAUGCAUGAACCAUCGGACCAACGAGAGCGUCAGUUUGCCGUUCCAGUGCCGCGGACGUUUCUGCACGCGCUCGCCGCAGGAACUGCAGAUGCAGGGAGGUGAACACACCGUACGCAGCAUUAUCGAGCGCGUGCGGCUGCCCGUCAAUGUGUCCGUGCCAUCGCGACCUCCGCGCAACCCGUACGACCUGCAUGCUAUCCGCGAGGGCCAUCGAUAUAAACUCCUUAGCAUCAUUAGCAAAACGGUGGUUCUUUGCUGCAUACUGCGCAAAGAGGAAGUAACGCCGUCUCACUUCCUGUUACUGACGGACAUGCCGCGUUUUACUGUACCUGAGGGACUCUUGCGCGCGGACGCUUCUUACCAGCAGGUGGUGUUGCAGUGCGCCCUGCGAUGUCAGGAAUCCUUCGAACCGGACGAUUACUCGCGUGCCGUGCGUGAGGUAAAGACUGAUUUCUCAGAGGAGUGCCUCAGUCCGCGGCGGAUUCGGGUGUGCGUUCAGGGCUACGGUCGUGAUGAGCUGGGGACUUCCCUGCAGAGAUUGUCUUUAUGCGUGUAUGGCGGUGGAGCAGCCACGCACACGAUCUCGCACGGCUGCAGAGACUCGCUGGGCGACUCGCACACGCUGCCCUCCGCCGAUGGAGAGGAACGAGAAUACGUCUCGCCUGAUUGGUCAACAGAGUCGCAGGAGAUUCCGUACGAGGAGCUCUGGACCAAUCAGACUUCUGAAACCUUCGGAGUGACUACUGAGAGCGGAAUGAAGGCGGAGCAUAACCUCAUAUCGUUUCACUCCACUACUACAUCGUUGGAUGGAACCCAUGUUGCUAUGGUGCAGAUGGAAGCAGGAAGAGUAUCGAAAGUACCGACUCCACCCCCGGUCCCGCCCAAAUCAGAUGCUGUGAAAGAGGAGUGUCGUUUCUUAAACGCUCCUCCUGUUCCACCCCGCUGUGCUAAAGGCCCCGUCCCCAGUCCGCCGGUCCCUCCUCGUUUCCCCCAAACCCCAGCCACACAGACACUCAGCCCAAACCUCUCAUUUUAUUCAUCUGGACUGCAGGAGAGUUCGGCACCCCGUAGCGGUAGUAGCUCUCCAUCGCCGGACUCUUAUUCUCUGUACUGUUACCCAUGCACCUGGGCCAACUGUGUGACCUCUGACUCUUGCGCAAGCCCCGAUCCCACCCAUCCUGCCCAGGCCUGUUGGUCUCAUCCUCGAGGAGGCGGAGCCUACACGUCAAACGUUCUAAAUACACCUCUUCUCAGCACUGACUCCGCCCAAAAGAACUACUCCACCUGCCCCAGACCACGCCCGAUGCCGCAGAACCGUUUUGCACCAUUUGGCGCUCUAAACCCCUUUGCGAAUCCAGGCCAUGCCCACGGCUCCUCUGAUUGGCUCACCACGGGCAGGGACUCCCCCACCCUCAUACCUGACCUCAUAAGCUCCACCCCCCAGGAACCUCAAGCCACUCAGGGAGGUUCAGAGGCGGGCCCAGAGCCUCCGCCCAGACCGGUAAAGGGUUCGGAAGAGGACACGGUCACGGUAAACCCCGCCUCUGGAUCAGUUGCCAUGGUGAGAGGUGCUGAGGGGGGAGCAGGGUCGUCGUGGCGGCCCCCCACAGAUCUUUGCUGGCUCUCGGUCGAGGAGGUUUCGGCCAGUCUGCGAUUCAUCGGCCUUUCGGACGACGUGAUUGGUCUGUUCAGCCGAGAGAGAAUCGAUGGCUCGAUUUUCACUCAACUGACGGAGGAAAUCCUGUCAGAGGACUUUAACCUCACCAAACUACAGGUCAAAAAAAUCAUGCAGUUUAUCAAGGGGUGGAGACCUAAAAUAUAAGGUGUGAGUGUUGGCUAAAGGGCAUCUACCCUGAUUCUUCAGAUGAUUUGUAUGUGUGUGUGUGUGUGUGUGCGUGGAAGAAAGACACUUCUAUUAUAGAAAUUCACCUCUCUUAUUGAAGGACAGAUUUUGACUAAUAUAUUAUUGAGCACUAUUUGAUAUUUUUGUUGUUAAUUUUGGGGUGGAAUAGUUUCGAGUGCCUUCAGUGAACAGUCAGAGCUCAUCCGAUGGUGUUCUGUUGUCUUUCAAGAGUUAAAUUCGUUUUGACUCAUUUUUUUCUAGCAUCUCUCUCUGUUUCUGUAACCUGACAGCAUUGCACUGUAAGUUAAACAGCACUAUGCAUAUACACACUUACUAUCCAAGUAUGCAAACUCUAAUGCUUUGCAAAUGCACAGUCAUGUUAAGCACACUUAAUUUGGAGGUGAACAGACUUCAGUACUCAGAGGUGAUAUAAAUAAUUGUGCCAUAAAGCUGUAGCGUGUAAUUUAUGUGCCAGUAUAACAAUUGCAGAAAUAAUGAAUGGUUUCCCAAAUACUCCCCGCCCUACCGUAGACACCACUGUUUGAGCCAAAGUUGCUAUGAUGCUCCAACAAUCUGAUCCGUGUUUUUAGUGCCUCAAUGUUUGACACAUGAAAACAUCUCGGGUUACGUAUGUAACUGUUGUUCCCUAACUGUGCGUCACUCUUGUAAUACUUCCUGCGUCCCUGUAACGCCGUCUUUGUCAAUAUUUCAGAUAGCGAUAUACUUCCUGGCUCCCGUGUCACCCUGUCUUUGUCGUUAAGCCUCACCAUUGGUUGAAUUUGAUUUACACAUUAAGAUGCACUUACCCCUGGAGGCGUACCCAAAGUGUCACCGCAGUGACGCAGCGCGAGUUCCCUCGAAAGGGAACUGUAACAAUGUAUCUUAAAAGGUAACAUGAUGUAACCUUGCUCUCACUUGAAAUGUGUUCCCACAUUUAGUCCUUGAAUUUGAGGGUAUUGGACCUGGAAAGUCAUUGAAAGGUCCUUGAAUUUGAAGUUAACUAAGGUGUGAGUCAGGGAAUUUGACAUUUGGUUCAGAAUGGGAACUGUUUAUCUGAUUAUAUUAGUACUACCAGAAAAAGAAAACUCGUUGUAGAAAGCUGAAGUUUACAGCAAUGCCUUCCUCAAUGCACAGAACACAUGCAUGAUGUAUAAAUUACAGUCUGACUCGUGCAUGAAAUAAGCUGCUAGAAGCAUUUGUGUUCAUGUACUUGCCUGGGCGAAAUAAUAUAUAUAUUUAAACCUUCAAACAUUUUGUUUGCACAAUAUCCGAAAAGCACAAUUCCUUUAUUUAAUCUGCUAUCAUAUCAGGAUGAGAGAGAUGCUUAGAGAGUUUUAGAGAUUUAAAAAGAAUCAUUUGAGUUUGUGAUGUACAUGCUAAUAAGUGCAGUGAGGGUUUACAGUCUAAAGAGAGAAACGCACUGUAAUUAGAUGACAGUAAUGAAAGCGUUUACUAACCUACAGCCCACACUGAUGGAGGAUUUGUGUGUAUGUGAGUCAGAGAUGCUGUAAUGAGACUUUAAGCAUCCAUGUAUCGCAGUUGAAAGUGUUUUAUCAGCAUUUCAGAGAGACGUCUGAAUGUUUAUUUAACUGAUUCCCCUCUGUAGACACAUUUGUACUUGAAUAAUAUUUAACAACAAUAGUGCGUCUUUCAUUUGUAUUGUAAUUUCAUCUACUGUAUAAUUUAAUCCUGAUGGAUUAGAUACAGAAAAGAAUAAAUCAAUAGUGCUCA